UAUAAAUAGUUUAAUGUUACUCUGCACGCAUACCAAUAGUCAAGAUUAAGUAUUUAUGUUUACUGCUAUAGGGUAGAAACUGUUAUAGGGAUCCUGUAUUUGGAAACAUGAAGGUGUGUUACUUGGUGUUUAUUUGUAUUGCGAUUGGUAUAACAUUCGUAUUGUGCCUGUCCUUGGAAAACAAUGGAACUUUUUAUUUCACUUCAGGCUCCAACUUCAAAGGUUUUCGUAAAAGCAGCACCAAUGUUUCUCGUAAUUCAAAAGAGAUUAAAGUAUCAAGUACACUAGAAACAACAACAACAACAACAACAGCAACAACAACAACUACAAGAGCAUCGUCAACAACAGAUCAAUUUCCCGAGGCAAUGUUGACACAUAUAAUUCAAAAACUGCACGAGCAGAGUAAUAAGAAAACGCCAAAUGGUUCAAAUAAUUUAAAGGAAAGUGUAAACAACAAAACGGGAGCAGUAGCUCUUUUAAGACAAAUGUAUCCAACAGUUCAAAAACAAAGAAUAAAUAAAAUUAAAACAGUUUGUAGAGACACAGAUUUAUUUCGGGACCUUAUGUACAAAGGUAAAAAUAAUACAAGGUACUACUACUCUAAAACUUACGGAUUUUCAUAUUGCAAGGUUCCAAAAUCAGGAUCGACUUUCUGGAUGCAAGCAUUUUACAUUCUUGAAAAUGAAGAUGAGAAUUCAGUGACUGUGUUUUCUAAAGCAAGGUCACGUGUCCAUGGCUUGACUUGGAAAUUUACUCUAAAAUUUGACAGUCAACAGAGAAAGAAUUCUUUGUCUGUCAUCGUGUCACGUGACCCGUUCAGUCGUCUGUUUUCAGCGUUCAUAGAUAAAUCGUAUCAAUGCCUUGAUAAAAGCUUGAAUAAAAACAUCAUGCAAUUUAGACCGGCGUUGAAACGUCAUAAUUGUCCCGAUGACGUCACAUUUCAGGAAUUUCUUGAUUUCAUAAUUAAUGAAGUAGGGAGGGAGCAGACAUUAAAUCGGCACUGGGCACCGAUUUAUAAUCUAUGUCGUCCGUGUGAUGUAAACGCUUAUAUACUUGUAAAACAAGAAAGCUUUUCAAAAGACGUAGAGCAGGCAUUGAAAGCGUUCAGUGUACCUGAUGAAAAGCUUGCCACGAUUCUAUCAGCGUUACAUGAACACAGAAUUGAAACAACUAUUCCAGGAAUUGUUCAAACAGUGAUGAAUAAAAAUAAGAUAACGAAAAAGGGAACCUGCGUAUAUGGCCAAAAAUUAAUACAAAGAAUAUGGACCGCUUUUAAAAUACAAGGCUACUUGAAAGAAACAAUAGAAUUUCCGAGCAAAUUGUUUAAUAGUAAAUUACAAUAUGACGACACAUCAUACGUCACAGAGGUUAUACUCGCUUCUAUAAAUAGAAAUAAAAUGACGUCAUCAGAAAUGAAACGACGACGUCAUAAAGCGUUAGUAGACGCAUACAAGCAAAUAAGAAAUGAAACUUUGACACAAAUUAUUGAAAUAUACAAAUUCGAUUUUACAAUGUUUAAUUAUUCUACAAUAACUCCUCACUAGCCACCUCCAUCUGUAUGAAACAUAAAAAAUUAAAAUAUGGAGUUGUUUAUACCCGUGCAGUAGUAGAUCUACUCUGUACUUAAUGAACUCUGUCUUUUUCCAAGGAGCAUAUCAUUUUCCAAUCAAACACAAAAUAUGUAUUUAUACAUAGAUAUUAAUACGGUUCAUUUUAUUUUUCUUUACCUUCAAGUACGUCUUUCAUUCACUCACUCACUCAUGCAUGCAUGCACUCACUCACUCAUUCAUUCAUUCGACCAUCUAUCCAUCUUCUGUUUAUUUUAUUUUUAAGAAUAAUUUGACCUUUUCGAAAACAUAGCUAAACACCGUUUUCCGGUACGUUACUGAUUUAGCUCUGGGGAAUUACUUCAAAUAAAGUACAUGAAGUACAUAGCACUUUUACAUGAUAUUUCUAUUUUUCUGUCAUUAUUAGACCAUUUAAGAUGAAAAUACUUGAUCUGUGUUUGAAAAUUAUUAAUGUUCCUUUAAUAUCUAGUGCAUUUUUUUUUCAACAACAAAAAAUAAAUUGUUUAUAAUGGAAAUCAAUAAAAAUUUAAACAGUGACUCGUAGUACAUGGCAUCUUCCAUAAUGAAUAAAGAUGUUUUCUGCGUAAACUUGUGUUACACCACUUACGCUACGGUCAGUAACCACUGCCUUCACACAAGUUGACCCUUUUGGGGUUUAAACCCACGGCCCUAAGUUUCAUUGUAGUUGUCAGUAGUAUUAACCCACUUGAAUACUCUUCGAGCGGAGGUAUUUCAUUACGAUAGUCAAACCUUAAUGUCAGAAUAACCGCUUUAAAAAACAAAGUUUGCUUCUUUAAAAAGAAGCAUGCGAGAGGUAUUUUUGCUGCUGUGGAAGAUUUGUUUAAUUCGAAAAUAUUUGGGGAUAUUAUAUGGCAUAAAAGACACAAUGAAUGAUUAUAAAUUACAAUUAUUUAACAAAAUA